AUGAAUACGAAAAGUAAGCUCCUAAUGAACAAACACUUGCAUAACGUUGAGGAGGUACUGAGAUGCUCUAACGCCACCCCGUUCCGCGGUUACGAAGGCCAGGGCUACAGAUGCUGUUAUUGCACCCAACAGUGCAUGAAACCGGGGGACCUUAAAGCCCACACCGCACUCACGCACGAAGGCAUAAAGAAAGCCUACUUCGGUUACGCGCAUAUAGAAAAAUUCAAUAUUAAACUUGACAUAACCGACCUUCAUUGUACUCUAUGCGGCAGUACCAUCGACAAUAUAGAAGCGCUCGUGAACCAUCUAAUCAACGAUCACAAUAAACUAAUACACACUGAUAUUAAAAGUCACAUUAUACCCUUCAAAUUUGACGGCGGGGAGGGUUUACGUUGCUUCAUAUGUUCGAAUAGAUUCAACGCUUUCAAAGCCCUUCUUGAACAUAUGAAGUUGCACAUACGGAACUUUGUCUGCCAAGUGUGCGACGCUGGCUUCAUCAACCGGAGCCAGCUGCGCUACCACUUCCAGACUCACAAGACUGGCACCUUCAAGUGCGACCAUUGCGAGAAGGUGUUCAGCACUUCGCUCAAGUGCAAGAGUCACAUGCGGAGCGUUCACGAGAAGAGCGUCAUAAACAAAUGCGGAUUCUGCGAAGCCACCUUCGUUUCGUAUCGGCAUAAACAGAAGCAUCAGCUGGAGGAGCACGGCGUGGACUGUCAGGUCAAGUGCGAAGCGUGCGGGCGGUCGUUCCAGAGCCAAGGCUCCUACAGGAAGCACCUAAGAGCGAAUCACCUGAUGGAACGAAGAUUCGAGUGCACGUUUUGUGAUCUAAAAUUCUUCACUGUAACUGGCCUGAAUCGGCAUAUGGUUAAACAUACUGGAGCACGGGAUUUCAAAUGCGAUGUAUGCCACAAGGCGUUCGGCCGAAGGAAUACCUUACGAGAACAUAUGCGCAUACACACCGACGAUAGACGGUUCAAGUGCGAAUACUGCGGUCUCGCGUUCGUUCAGAAGUGCAGCUGGCGUGGUCAUAUGCGCUCGAGGCAUGGAGAGGAGGUUUAA